CGUGGGUGCUUUCCCCGUAAGUCUUCUCAGGCCCCGCCUCCUUUUACUCCGGCAGCUGCGCAAUUGCGGAGCGUGGAUUCACCUGCCGAGUCGGAGGAGGGGCUCCGGGCGGCACAGUGCGCAGGCGCGAGCGUUCCGGACUCGCGGCGCGCGGCGCUCGGUUGAAGCGGGAGUGAGUUCUGGGCGCGGAGACCCGGCAGCGGGCGAGCGAGCGGGUGACCGGGCGCCUCCUCUGCAGCCAUGGCAGCCUUGCGCUACGCGGGCCUGGACGACACGGACAGCGAGGACGAGCUGCCCCCGGGCUGGGAGCAGAGAACCACCAAGGACGGCUGGGUUUACUAUGCCAAUCACACAGAAGAGAAGACUCAGUGGGAACAUCCGAAAACUGGGAAAAGAAAGCGAAUAGCAGGAGAUUUGCCCUAUGGAUGGGAACAAGAAACUGAUGAGAAUGGACAAGUGUUUUUUGUCGACCACAUAAAUAAAAGAAGUACCUACUUGGACCCAAGACUGGCAUUUACCGUGGACGAUAAUCCUACAAAGCCAACCACCAGACAGAGAUACGACAGCAGCACAACCGCGAUGGAAAUCCUCCAGGGCCGGGAUUUCAGUGGCAAAGUGGUCGUGGUUACCGGAGCGAAUUCGGGAAUAGGGUUUGAAACCGCCAAAACUUUAGCCCUCCAUGGUGCACAUGUGAUCCUGGCCUGCAGGAACAUGACAAGAGCCAAUGAAGCCGUGUCACGCAUUUUAGGAGAAUGGAGUUUCCUGUGACAGCUCUCCAAAAACCUUUGUCAGAUAACGCAUAAAGCCAAGGUAGAAGCAAUGACCCUGGAC